AUGAGCGCGCGGCGGCUGUCCUGGGUCGACGUCGCGGACCUGGAGCUCGACGACGCGCCGAUCCCAAACGCGAGCGACUCCGACGUCGCGUGCACCAAGUGCUGGGCGAGACCGGGGCGCAUUCUCGGCCGCCUGUCGCCCUGCGAGCUGUGCGGCCGCCAGUUCUGCGGCGCGCACCUCUCGAGCGCGCCGACGUCGACGCUGCUCGAACGCGCGACGCGGCGGGCCCCGUCCUGGUGCGACUGCUGCGCGCUCGAGAUGUCGGCCAAGGAGGCGGCGCUGCGCGUCGAGCGCGCCGUCGUCGCCGCGACCAUCGCCUCGAUACCGAACGGCCCGCUCCCGGCGUGGGGCGGCGCCCGCGAGGCGGACGAUUCGAAGAGCAAGGCGCUCCGCGUGCUGAAGGCGGCGGGAAAGAUCGCGGAGUGGGCGCCCGGCGUGCCCGCGGCGGCGAGGUCCGCCGUCGUCGGCGCUCGGAACGCGCGCGCCGCGGGCUACGUCGGCCUCGGCCUCGUCCUGCUCCACAAGGAAUUGGUCGAACUCCUCGGCGCGUUCCACGCGGGCGCCCCGGGCGUCGUCGAGGGGCCCUUCGUCAUCGCCGACGCCUGCGUCCAGCUCUACUACGCCGCCGCGGCCGUGCGGCGGCGGCGGAUUCGGAAGCCGCUCGACGCGGUCUUCGACGAGACCGCUCCCGAGGCCGCCGAAGCGGCGAUCCCCGGCGACGUCGCGGCCGCGAUCUUCGCCGCGGCGCCCUUCGCGCUCGUCUACGCCGCGGCGGCGACGCCGGCGGAGGCGCACCGCCUCGCGCGGCUCGGCGACGGCUCCGCGCUCGUCGCCGAGGGCGCCGGCUGGCGCCUCUUCCACCGCCGCGACGGCGGCGGCCGCGCGGCGCGCGUCGUGCUCGCGCUCCGCGCGGGCGACGACGCCGUGACCUGCGGCCUGCGGUCGACCCAGUUCGAGGACGGCGCGCGGGCCUGCGGCGCGGCGGUGGCAUCGGCCUACGGUGUCUUCAACGAGGCACACGGCGCCGUCGCGGCGCUUUUGGCGGCGGACGGCGCGCCGCGGCUUCUUGUUGUGGGCCACGGCGCCGCGGGCGCCGCCGCGGGCCUCGUCGCGCUCCAGCUGCGGCCCCUCGCGCCGGACCGCGUCCGCGGCGUCGCCUUCGGCGCGCCGCCGUCCUGCGAGCCGAGGCUGGCGGCCGCGGCCGCGGCCUGCGUGGUGCACGUGGGCCUCGGCGACGACGUCGCGCCGCGCUUUUCGAGGAGGGCCGCCGCGGCGGCGCUCCGCGACCUCGCGGCGGCGGACUUCCACGCGGACCGCGAGGCCGACGCGCGCGCCGUCGCCGCGCGCGCGCUGGAGCUCUGGCCGCCGCGGCGCCGCACGGACUCGCGCGUCGGCGCGAUCCGCCGCCGGCUCUCGUCCCUCGGCGCGGCCCCCGAGGAGGAGGCGAAGGCGCCGCCGCCGCCGCCGGACGACGGCGACGACGUCGACCUCGUCGUCGCCGGCGAGCUCGUCCACGCGUUCCGCUGCCACGGCCGCUGGAUGCUUUCCGCCGUCGACCGGAGUUUUUACGACGGCGUCGUCUGGAGCGCGCGCGCGGUCAGCGACCACUACCGAGAAUCGUACCACGACGCGCUCCGAGCCUGCGCGCGGCGCCGGGCCAUGGACCCGCCGGCCGUGGCGCCGCCGCCCUGGGAGACCGCGCGCGACACGUGCAAGGUCUGCGAGAACCGGUUUACGUGGGAGUCGACGUCCGACUCCGCGGCGCAGCGCGCCUUCGACACGCACCGGUGCAAGCACUGUGGCGCGCUCGUCUGCGACGCGUGUUCUCGAGGGAGAGAGCCUUUGUUUCACGCGGCCAUCUUCCACGCGGCGCGCAUCUGCGACGCGUGCCGCGUGAGCACGUCGUUUUAA